GACGCUGCUGACGCUGCUCCUCCGCCAUCUUCAACUUCCUAUUGUUUGCAUCAGACUGGGGCUGUCUGCGGUGUGUGUGUGUGAGAGCGAAACGGCCGCCGAUUUAUCACAAAAUAGUAGAUAUACCUCUUGACGUUUGCGGUCGCUCAAGUUAAGCACACGCCAUUUGUAUGUCAUUGGAUUAAAGAGUUCUCAGGACGCGACCACUAAAACAUUGACGAUGGACGACGAUCAACCCAGAACCUUGUAUGUUGGGAAUCUGUCCAGGGAUGUCACCGAGCCCCUCAUCCUGCAGGUCUUCACACAGAUAGGACCUUGCAAGAGCUGUAAAAUGAUAGUAGAUACGGCUGGGAAUGAUCCAUACUGCUUUGUGGAGUUCUAUGACCACAGGCAUGCUGCUGCCUCAUUGGCAGCCAUGAAUGGAAGGAAAAUAAUGGGUAAGGAGGUCAAAGUCAACUGGGCCACGACGCCAACCAGCCAGAAAAAAGACACAAGUAAUCACUUUCAUGUCUUCGUUGGAGACCUCAGCCCAGAAAUUACUACAGAUGACGUCAAAGCUGCCUUCGGUCCAUUCGGCAGGAUAUCAGAUGCUCGUGUUGUGAAAGAUAUGGCUACAGGGAAAUCUAAAGGCUACGGCUUUGUGUCUUUCUUCAACAAAUGGGAUGCAGAGAACGCCAUUCAGCAGAUGGGCGGUCAGUGGUUAGGAGGCAGACAGAUUCGAACUAAUUGGGCUACAAGAAAGCCCCCCGCCCCAAAGGCCACCUAUGAAAAUAACUCAAAGCACCUAUCCUUCGAAGAAGUAGUGAAUCAGUCCAGCCCCAGUAACUGCACUGUGUAUUGUGGUGGAGUCAGCACAGGACUGACAGAACAACUGAUGAGACAAACUUUCUCUGCCUUUGGACCAAUCAUGGAAAUCAGAGUUUUCCCCGACAAAGGUUAUUCAUUUGUGAGGUUUAACUCCCAUGAGUCAGCAGCCCAUGCCAUUGUGUCCGUGAACGGCACCUCAAUAGAGGGCCACAUAGUCAAAUGCUACUGGGGUAAAGAGACCCCGGACAUGAUGAGCCCCAUGCAGCAGAUGCCCAUCCCCCAGCAGAACAAGAUGAGCUUCCCUGCAGCCGCCCAGCCCUACGGCCAGUGGGGCCAGUGGUACGGCAACGGGCCCCAGAUCAGCCAGUACGUCCCCAACGGGUGGCAGGUCCCCACCUACGGCGUCUACGGCCAGGCCUGGAACCAGCAGGGCUUCAAUCACUUACCGGCCAGUGCUGGGUGGACUGGCAUGAGCGCCAUCAGUAACGGUGGGGUUAUGGAGCCUACACAGGGAUUGAAUGGGAGUAUGCUAGCCAACCAGCCCGGUAUGGGAGCCGCAGGAUACCCCACACACUGAUAAGUGGGCAGGGUGGGAGAUUUGUCAACCCGCGGCCUCUUAUUGGCUCCACGGUGCCCCGCGGGGCUGUGUAACACCGCCUCCACCUGUGGCAGGACUAAGACUUUUACUGGGACGUGCAGCCUGAUGGGAAGGUUGGCGUCUGUACGAGAUGUAAAUGGGAUUACAUUGGGGGGGAGGGGGGUAAUGGGAGCCAGGGAGGAGCGAUUUUUGACCCACACAGGUAUUUACACCCUUUGUGGUAGGGAAGCCUGGCCACGAACCAGGGCUCUUUCCAUUUUUAAGUUAACUGUAAAUGAGUAUAAAACUGUAAAGGACAAACUUUGGGAUUUUUGUUUUCUUUCGGGUUUUACAAAUUGCUUCCAUUUUCACAUCUCUCCUCUCUGACUCUGAGAGGCUUUUCUUUUGUUCUUUUUUUAAAGAAGCUGUUAAAAAGUCUAAGUUAUGAACCUUAGUUAUUAUUUGAGAAAUGGAAAUCUGUUUUAAUUUUGUUCCUCUUGGAUUAAAAUCUUUUGCAGGGAUUGUUGCCACUGCUGUUUCUCUGUAAGAGCAGAUAAAUAUUGCACAGUUUUUUCCUCUCUUGUACUUUGGGACAAAUUUGACAACCAAGAGUGUUUUCCUAUCUUUAUUUUUUUUUGCAUUCCAUUUCUCCUUCAUAUCUUUCGGACAGCCUCAAAUCUUUUUUCGCCACAUGUAAAUAGCCAUGAAUCCAUUUGAAACCAUGUAAGUAAAAUGCUACUGUUAACUGUGGGUGCUUGCUUUCUUUUUUUGUUUUGAUAACUUGACAGUUAACUCCAACAUUGUGCGUAGCAGAGUGGCGCUGCGUACAGUGACUCUGGCGCCGUGCAACACGCGAUUCUUCCAUGCAGGGAUUAAACAGCAUUGCCAUGCAGUGCAGACUUAAAAUUUAACACGAUUCAAAUGUGAAAGGGCAAACAUGUUUUACCCUUUGGAUGGUUUUUAAAUAUCUAUUGAGACGCCAGUAUUUUAUAUCAAAAAUCUGAGUGGAUUCAACCUUUACACUUGCUGUUUUUGCCAGAGAAAUGGGGAGGCCUACAUUGUAACUGUUGCCUUAUAGAGCUGGUUUCUUUUAGCUGACAAGAUCCUCUUUUUAAUUAGGCAGUGCCUACAGACAUUUUCAGACCCUUCUGUUGAGAAAGGUGUUAGCCCUGAGAACUGAUGACUCUGCUACUGUAAUCAAUGUUUUCUUGCUUUGUCAAAUUAAAAUGCUAAUGCACAUAAA